GAAUUGCUAUUCGAUGUGGUGAAAAUAGAUUUAAGUAUUUGUGAAUUGUGAGUCAAUUAAAAGAUUUUCUUAAUCAACUAUGUGGAUUUUUCAAUAAAACAUACUAAUUUUCUUAAAUUUCUUGAACUUGUAUUCUUGACGUACUUACUAUACCACAAAACCCAAAAUAAAACAAUAACUUUCCAAAAUUCCCCACAAGACUGUACUUAGUAUAUAAAUCGAUUAGUUUUAGUUUUGGAUGGAUCGAGAGGCAUGCCAAUAUCGCGAGAGAGAAUAAAAAGACGGAUUAGUAACUUAUAUUUAUUUUUUAAUUUUAUUUAUCGGUUCGGUAUAAAUGUUAGAUGUUUUAUGUUGAUAUAACAUAGAGCUGUUCUGAUGGGGAAUAAUGGACACGAUGUCGUCCAACGUGUCAAUGAGAAACAAGAGGAAAGAGAACCUCAUCACCAGGAAGGACAAGAGUCCGGAGAAAACUAUAAGAGGGACGCGGGGCGCGUACCGGGCCGUGCCGUCCACGUCCAAACGUGAUGAAGAGACGGAGACAGGCUCGGAGAGGAUGGACAGGCCGAAGAAGUUCGUGUCGCAGAACAAGGGCAACUACGCUCUCGGGAAGAGAUCAGACUUUCUGAAGAAUCGCAACGUUCAUUUGACGUCUUCGAGAUAUGGCCAGAUGACAUCGGGUCUACACACCCACGGCCACCAGAUAUCCCAGCCCACCCAUCAUCUCGACUCCUCAGUUCUACCAGCCAAGGAAAAGACUGUGCAUGGCAAGGAGAAAACGUUCAAGGUGGUGGACGGAAGCGAGGUGAUGAAGGCGCCGGUGCUGCCUCCGCGACCAUACAACGCGAUCGCCAUCAUCCACACACAGCAGAGCAAUACCUUCGACAUGCUUAACUCACUCACCACUAGCGUAGCAAGUCAGCCAGUGGUAGGUGUGGGCGUGGGAGUCGGAGUGGGAGGCUACCGGCGUCGCAGCUCGGGCCAGGGCGGCCUGUGCGACCCCGAGCUGGAUGACAGCGGCAACAAGCUGGUGGCGCGACUCGAGGACGACGCCUUCAUCUCCGAACAGGAUCUGGAGGAGAACAUCCGGUUCGCGUCUGAUGCUACGAAAGCAGACACUUCAGACCCUGAACAACCUCAGGAGCAACAGAAUGGUCUGGUGUAUGGUCCCAUCUACGAGCUGGAGAAACUGGAAGACAAGGAUAAGGAUAAGAGCGAGAAGGAAGAUGAAGAGGAACCUAUCGGAGUCUCGCCUUGUGGAAGGUUCUUCAAGUACGACAAGGAGGUGGGUCGCGGCUCGUUCAAGACGGUGUACCACGGGCUGGACACGCAGACGGGAGUGGCCGUGGCCUGGUGCGAGCUGCUCGUUAGAGAAAAAGCUGAAUAA